AUGGCCGCGACGGCGUUCGCUGAAAAUAUUCUAGUGAUUUCCUCAAUUUUUCUGAUUUCCACUGUUUAUUUGGUGGUUUCCAUACCGGUUACACAUGUGGAUAGCGCUGGGGAGGAGAAGUACAGUGCCGCUCCAAACAACACCCCAAUCUCAAAAGUCUACAUUUUCGGUCGACCCAUUUAUAUCAGAGAGCCAUUUGUUAUUCCACAAAGAAACGUUUCGGAAAAUAUCGACUUCUCGAAACUAUUCGAUCAAUCCAAACUCCGUAAAAACCGUGCAUCCUAUACCGAGGAACAAGGCCGUCAAGGAAAUCAGCCAGAACAAGGUCGAUAUAAUACGAAUUCCUAUCAAAAUGGUUACAAACAACCGGCUGACGAGUACGCUGAUGAGUAUCCAUGGCCAGGCAAAUACCCCCUGAGACAGUGUUAUACAGAAACCAGUGGCUACAUGUGCUGCAACCUUCAUCUGGAGAAGGUAAUCCAUAACGCUACUCAAAAAAUGAAAGAAUCCAAAGCCUGUAAUCUCCAAAAAAUGGCCACAAUGCUUGCGGAUGUCACUGAAGACGUUUUUGGCACGGAUUUCGAAGCGGUCGCCGCCGUCGGCGAUUUCGCUUCAAAAAUCCAUUUCUAUUCGGACUACGUUUGUAAAAUGCAGAGAGAUGGGCGGACUAUUCUGGUCUAUGCGACGCCUAGCAGACAUAAUGGUACAGGAAAAUACUCUAAUGAUAGAAAUGGUAAUGGUGGUAAUGGUAAUGGUAAAAACGGUGGAAAUUAUCUUGUAACCCCUUAUACACUAUGA